ACUAGCUGUGUGUAUCUCCACGGGAAGCAUCAGAGUGACAGCCGGUACCAUCUCCACAGCGGCUGAGUUGCUGGAGCUGGGCUAGGGCAGGGGGAGAAAGCCGAGCCAGGCUCUGCCUUGCGUCCUCCCAUAGGGCCCACUAAAACCCACAAGAAGAUGGCAGCUUGGGCGUCGGAGUCACCCCCUGGGCAGCCUACAAGCAGCCCCAGUGAAGCCUGAGCGCUCAGAUGGCCAACCCCUCGGGCGCCACCGAACUCGCAGCCUCGGUGGGGUUUAUCCUGGCGGUUCUCGUGGAGGUGGGGGCCGUGCUGGGCAACGGCACGCUGCUCGUGGUGGUGCUGCGCACUCCGGGGCUGCAAGACGCCUUCUACCUGGCGCACCUGUGCAUCGUGGACCUACUGGCGGCCGCCUCCAUCAUGCCCCUGGGCCUGCUGGCCGCGCCGCCCGGCCUGGGCAAUACGCCCCUGGACCCCUCCUCUUGCCGGGCGGCGCGAUUCCUUUCGGCGACGCUGCUCCCCGCUUGCACGCUCGGCGUGGCCGCGCUCGGCCUGGCGCGCUACCGCCUCAUAGUGCACCCCCUGCGGCCAGGCGCGCGGCCGGCUCCAGCGCUGGUGCUCACCGCCGUGUGGUCGGCGGCCGCGCUCCUGGGCGCGCUCUCUCUGCUCGGGCCGCCGCCCGCGCCGCCUCCGGCUCCGGCUCGCUGCUCUGUCCUGGCCGGGGGUCUCGGGCCCUUCCGGCCCCUCUGGGCGCUGCUGGCCUUCGCGCUGCCCGCGCUCCUGCUGCUGGCCGCCUACGGGAGCAUCUUCCUGGUGGCGCGGCGAGCCGCCCUCCGGCCCCCUCGCGGGGCCCGUCUGCGCUCGGACUCUCUGGACAGCCGCCUCUCCUUCUUGCCAUCCCUCCGGCCACGUCUGCCCGGGGGCAAGGCGGCCCUGGCCCCGGCCCUGGCUGUGGGCCAGUUUGCCGCCUGCUGGCUGCCUUAUGGCUGCGCGUGCCUGGCGCCCGCGGGGCGCGCCGCGGCGGCCGAGGCGACUGUCACCUGGGUAGCCUACUCCGCCUUCGCGGCUCACCCCUUCCUCUAUGGCCUGCUGCAGCGCCCGGUGCGCCUGGCGCUGGGCCGCCUCACCCGCCGAGCAAUGCCUCGGCCCCAAAAAGACUGCAUGUCGCAGGCCUGGCACCUACGGACACUUCUCCAGCGCCUCCAGGGACUCCGCAAGGACCCUGCCGCAGGCCCUUGCGAGGCACCAGAACAGACCCGAGAAAUGUCAGGACAGAGCUCUAGCGUGUCUGAGGCCACCUGAGAGAUUUCUCCUGAGUUGGGGAAAGGAUGGGAUCAGAGGGGCACAUCCACCCCUUGCUCAAGUUGUGGCAGGUACUCUGCCCAGACUGCUGGCUCUGAAACUGGGCGAGAGGAUAGUAUUUAGCCUGGUGAAGUUUCUCAGGAACCCGCUUCUGGGCUCAACACUACCUGGGUGGUCUUGUAUUCAGUUCUGCCUUCCUGGAGCCUGUUUUCCCAUCUAUACCCUAUACCAUCUAUACCAUCACCUCCUAAGGACCUCUCCAGUGUAGGCUUUUUAAAAUCAUGGAUGCACCCUGAUCCAGAGAGGAGAAAGGCAGGCAAGCCAGAAGGAUGAGCCAAGCUGGACAGGGUCUGGGUAACACCACGUUAGGAGGAUCCAGUGGAGAGACAUGCAGAAGAUUUCCCUGCCAUCUGUGCCGUGGGGAACAGUGCGACUCAAAGUCACCACUCAAGCUGCUCGGAAAACAGCCUGACUGGUUUGGUACUAAAGGCAGGAGGCUGAGCACAUGACUUCCAAAGGGUCCUGUGAU